UGUAGCGACCCAGUAAAUUGUUUGGAUGUGCGGAUUGGUGUUGUUGAUUAUUAAUUUAAUUGGGACAUAAUGAGUAAUAAUAAGUCUCGUUGGUAUUUCACCAAGGAAGCCCUAAUCAACACUCCAUCGCGAAAAUGUGGUAUGGACUAUGAUAAAGAACUUUCCAAUCGGCAGCAAGCAGCCAAUUUAAUCCAAGACAUGGGUAGACUUUUGAAUGUGAAUCAAUUGUGUAUAAAUACUGCUAUUGUUUACAUGCAUAGAUUCUACGUCUUUCAUUCUUUUCAAAGAUUUCAUAGAAAUCCAAUAGCAGCUUGUGCGUUGUUUCUCGCAGCCAAAGUGGAAGAACAGCCUCGCAAAUUAGAAUAUGUGAUCAAAGUCGCACAUAAGUGUCUAAAUAAUAAUCAACCACCAUUAGAUCCAAAAAGUGAAGCUUAUCAGGAACAAGCUCAGGAGCUAAUAGUGAACGAAAACAUCAUGUUACAGACACUUGGGUUCGACAUAGCCAUAGAGCAUCCACAUACCUUCGUAGUAAAAUGUUGCCAGCUCGUAAGAGCAAGUAAAGAUCUCGCGCAAACAUCAUACUUUAUGGCUACCAACAGUUUGCAUUUGACAACGAUGUGCCUACAAUAUCGUCCCACUGUGGUGGCUUGUGUUUGCAUACAUCUAGCAUGUAAAUGGUCUAAUUGGGAGAUACCAAAGUCUACCCAAGGAAAAGAUUGGUUUUUUUAUGUAGAUAAAGAAGUUACGGCUGAAAUGUUAGAAGAUAUAACUUCAGAAUUUUUAGCAACUUGGGAUAAGUGUCCUUCCAGAUUAAAAAGAAAAAUCCUCGGUGGAAAUGCUAGUCAAGGAACCUUGACUAAUGAAGCAAUCACUCAUCUGACCCCAAAGGAGGACAGAAAAGUAUCGCCUGUCAAAAACGAAACUAAAUCUAAGCCAGUAGCAACAUCUUCUGGCUAUAACCAACCAUCAACUUCGAAAACAGGCGCACAAUCUGCUUCGACACCGAUUUCAGUACCUAGUUCUAACAAGAAAAGGUCGCCGUCACCUACGAAAAAACCCAAAGAGGAACAAACUAGAACGCAUUCCAUGUCUCAUCCAUCUUCAGCAUCUGGUCAAUCAUCAAAUGUUCACAAUUCAUUGGGUAUGGAUGCUCUUAACACAACCUUAGAUAAUAGACAACGUUCUCAAUUGAAGGACGACAAAAAAUCUACAAUCUCAAAGGUUGAAACUAAAUCAAAACCCCCUCCACCUCCACCAUCGCAACCGCCAUCAUCAUCACAUCAUAGUCAGCUAUCUGCGUCAAGACAAAGCAGUGAGAUGACUUCAAUUCAACAUCCGCCCUUAGGUUCUAAUGAUUACGAUAGAAGAUCGCCUCCAUCGGCUGCUAGAAGUAACGAAAAAGAAAUGCCUCCUCUUCUGCAUAGACCUCAAACGAAUUCCCGGAGCUCAGCUGGGCAAAAUGUAGAUCAUAACUCGGUGAACUACAAUACUCAUUCUUCAGGAAAUUCUAGUUUUGCCAAUGAAACUAGACAUAGAUCUGCAUUCAAGGAGGAGAAAAAAGUGUCACCUGUUAAAAAUGACGCUAAAUCUAAACCAGUAUCAUCAUCUGGUUAUAAUCAAUCCACUUCUAGAACGGCCGGACAAUCAACUUUCGUACCUGUUUCAAUAUCUAGUUCUAAUAAGAAAAGAUCACCUUCACCACCAAUCAAAAAAAUUAAAGAAGAACCAGUAAGGACGCAUUCCAUGUCUCAUUCAUCUCAUGCAUCUGGUCAACUAUCUAAUGUACACAAUUCAUUGAGUAUGGAUGCUCUUAAUAUGGUCUCAGAUAAUAGACAACGUCCGCAGUCAAAAGAUGAUAAAAAACAUUCACUCUUAAAGACUGAAAUGAAAUCAAAACCACCUCCACCACUGCAACCACAGCCACAACCACAACAACAGCCACUACCACCACUACCGCCACAACCGCAACCACAACCACAACCUCAGCCUCAAUUGCUACCGCAACCGCAGCUACAGUCGCAGCUACAGCCACAACUGCAUAUGCAAUCGCAGCAGCAAUCACAGCCACAUCCACAAAUCCAACCGCCAUCAUUAUCACAUUCUGGUCAGUUACCGGUGUUAAGGCAAAGCAGUGAAAUUACUCCAAUUCAACAUCCGCCCUUAGGUUCUAAUGAUUACGAUAAAAGAUCCCCUUCUCCAGCUGCUAGAAGUAACGAAAAAGAAAUGCCUCCUCUUCUGCAUAGACCUCAAACGAAUUCCCGGAGCUCAGCUGGGCAAAAUGUAGAUCAUAACUCGGUGAACUACAAUACUCAUUCUUCAGGAAAUUCUAGUUCCACUAAUGAAUCUAGACCUAAGUCAGCAUUUAAAGUAGAAAAUCAACAUCAACAUCAGCAUCAAAAUAAACACCAUCAUAGACACCAUGAACAUAAGAAACAUCAUAAAGAUAAACAUAAGAGAAAACAUAAACACAAGGAUCGGGAUCGAGAAAAACAUCGAAGUGAUCAUGACCAUGAAGAAGCCAACCAUAAGGAUAAGGAUUUCAAAUUAACUCUACCUGUGCCUCAAGAAGAAGAAAAACCAUCACCUAUAAAAUUAAAAAUAUCUAAAAAACAAAUUAGUUAUAGUGGAAGUGAAAGUGAAUUAAAUAAUGAACCAUCUUCAAUACCUCCUAGUUUAAGAGUUGUAAUAUCCAAAGAAAGGCUUAGUGGUAACUCAAGUAUAGGCAAUCACUCGCUAUCAAGAAGCGAAACUGUAAAUUUACCUUCUACAUCUUCCAGCCGUAAACGAAAGAAUAGUCCGAGAGAUGAACUAUCAUUUCAAGAACGAGAUUUGAAAAUUAAGAAAGAGAAACUUAACGAUUGAGAAAAUCUUUUUUUCAAUUAAUGUAUUAUGCUAAUUAUAUAAACAAUAGUAAUUAAUUAAUGAUAAGAUUAAUAAAUAAUAAUAUUGAUCAUCCAUGAAA